GUAUAACCUUACCAGACGAUGCAUAGUCGGCCUUCGUCCGAUACAUCAUGGCCAUCAAGUUAUAUAAAGGCCCAGCAUCACGAAUGCUGUGCUCAGAGACCAGCAAUCAUUCUUGCUAUAAGACAAAAAACACUCGAACAACUUCAAACAAACAUCUCCGUUGCUAUUUACCAUGGCCCCCUUCAUUACGAGCGAUCCAGCGAACAUGGGGAACCCGAAGGCCGAGAUCCCCUGGUAUCUUGAGAUUCUCGAACGAAUCCCCCCAUUGGCCCAACGGGUCUUGCAGGAUUAUGCUGGCUUGAAAGAAGACGAAGUUAAAGCACAUGUUAUGAAAAUUCGUGAAAAAGCGUGGGCAUCAUCCCCAUAUCCAUGCAUCGGUUUGUUCCGUUUCCUCGACUUCUCGCUUCCCGACUCGCCCCGAUAUGCCGAUGUCCUUGAACGCCUCAAAAGCGGCCAGCACUUGCUAGAUUUCGGUUGCUGUUUCGGACAUGAUGUUCGUGCGCUUAUCACUGAUGGGGUGCCUGCUGAAAAUAUUUGUGGUGCGGAGCUCAACGCGACCUUCCUCGAUCUUGGAUAUGACCUCUUCCGUGACCGAGACACGCUCAAGUCUUCGUUCUACACUGCAAACAUCUUCGACGAGAAUGACAAGUUGUGGAAGGAGCGUCCAGAAGGAUUCGAGGUGAUUCAUGCUGGAUCCUUCCUGCAUCUUUUUACCUUGGAGGGUCAGAAAAAGGCAGUUCUCGCCCUGCUUAAGCUUCUCAAGAAGCAGAAGGGAUCACUGAUUGUCGGACGUCAGCAUGGAAGCACAAAGGCCAAGGAGGUUCGCAACUAUCUUUACAAGCCAACAAAAGAAAGCGCGGAGAAUGGCCGUCUGGAUACUUUCUUCAACCAUGACUCAGAGAGUUUUACGCGCAUGUGGGAGGAAAUUGGCGAGGAGAUGGGUCUGAAAUUUGAGGUGAAAACCGAAUGGGGCACGUGGGGUUCUGCAAACGGCAUGGACCCAGCGUACUACAACCUCUGGUCAUGGGAGGAUAAGGAUACGCUGCGGUUCAAGUUUUGGGUCGAAUUGGUUUAGACCAGAUUGGCGCCUUGCUGGUUGGAUAGGCAUUGACUAACAUUUUGGUACACAUGUUAGCCUUGAGAUUAGCUAAAUGUUUUUUUUUUUUCUUACACUCUUUUUUCCAGUAUUGUAACUAGGCUUGUAUGAUCGGUGACUUCUCUGCGCCC